CGCGCACUAAAACCCACCUCCAGAGGCUUAGUAAUGGCCAAUUGACGACGUUUUCUGCGUGCUGAUUGGUGGUAGGACACGUCGCUCCGCGUCUUGAGGUUUGGUGUUCUGUAGUUCGGUUGCAACGUCUCCAAGUUGAUGUCGGCCCACAAGAAGCUCAGCGAAGCUCCUCCCGUCCCCCCAAAAUGAGUGAUCAGGACCAACACCCAGAUGACAUGGCCAAUCUGGUGGAAAGCAGUUACCUCUCGAAGAGAAGCACAAGCUCCGGCCAGGACUCGCAGCCGUCCCCCCUCGCCUUGCUGGCAGCCACCUGCAGUCGGAUUGAAUCUCCUAACGAGAGCCCACAAGAGGGCCAGCCAGGCUCUGCUGACCACCAGCUGGACCUGACCACCGCCCAGAUCACUCAGACUGCAAACGGCUGGCAGAUCAUUCCAGCUGUUGUCUCCGGGGUCUCCAGCUCCUCUGCCUCCACCGCUGCCACCACUUCAGCAGCUGGCGAUGCCAGUAAAAAUCGUCAGCUUGCCAACAGUCAACAGUUUGUAGUUGCUUCAGCUGCUGGGCUUCAGGGUCAGCAAGUGUUAGCCAGUCUGACUGGUGUGAUGCCCAAUAUUCAGUAUCAGGUAAUCCCCCAGUUCCAAACAGUGGACGGGCAGCAGUUGCAAUUUGCCCCUCCCGCACAAGUCAAUGUGCAGGCAGAUGCUUCUGGACAAUUUCAGCUCAUUUCUCAAGGAGGCGGCCAGCAUAUUAUUGCUGCUGCAAACAGAUCUGCUGCCUCCGGAGGUGGAGGGAGCAACCUUAUUACCAUGCCCAACCUUAUCCAGCAAGCUGUUCCCUUGCAGAAUAUAGGCAUAGCAAACAAUGUGCUCCAGAGUCCAACACAGUUUCUUGCAAAUGUGCCUGUGACUCUAAAUGGGAACAUCACCCUUUUGCCAGUCAGUGGUACCCCUCAGACAGUAGCAGUGAGUGGUUCAGAGUCUGGCACUACAACUAGCCUCCAUCAGCCAACCUCCAGUUCCAGUGGGGUAUUCCUUACCACAUCUGGUACUUUAGCAUCCACCACUCAGGCUGCCACUAGUAACAGCUUGCCCAGUUUCAGUAUAGGUGGUGUACCUAUCACAAGCUCUCAGUCAGCACAACGUUCUGGAAGUGGUGGGCAAGGAGGUGCAUUUCAGAAUUCAGGAAAUGGUAACAAUGGGCAGAUCCAGCCUAGCCAGCAAGAGAGUAGAGACUCCCAGCCUCAGCAGCAGUUUGUCAUCCAGCCACAAAUUCUUCCAGGGACUUCAGCUAUUUCUGCGUUGCAGAGUGCAACGGUGCCUGCUGGCCAAGCCUUCGCUGCUCAGACCAUCUCUCAGGAUGGUUUGCAAAUCCAGACAAUCCCUAAUACUGGAUCAAUCCUCAUUCGCACCAUGGGUCCUAAUGGCCAGGUGACCUGGCAGACACUUCAAGUGCAGAACCCAACUGGCACUCCAACAAUCACUUUGGCACCAAUGCAGUCCAUCCCUCAAUUGGCACAUACUUCAGCUGGAACAGUAGCUGUUAAUGCAGCACAACUCUCUGCUGUGCCCGGCCUUCAGACCAUUAACCUGAAUACCCUGGGAACCGCUGGCAUUCAGAUGCAUCAACUGCAAGGUGUGCCGAUUGCUAUUGCCAGCACUGCAGGUAACAACCUACGUUAUUUAGUGUGUGAGCAGGGUUGAUGUUGUGAAAGACAU